AAAUCAGCAAGUGCAUCAUCAAAGUUGCGGCUUGUGGAGUGCACCACGUGUGUUGUAAACGCCAGACAAUUUGCCGCCGUUUGGAAGAGACGGCAAUAACAAAGUUUAGCAGGAGGCGAGAGACUCUCCUUCGCUAUUUUCUUGAAUCAUAUUAUAAUGCAACCAAGAGCAUCAACUUUUGUAUAUACAAAUUGAACGAUUCAAGACUCAUUGAGUUUAUCAUUUUAGUUUAUUUUCUUGUUUGGUGUAUACUAAAAUGAGGGAAGAAGCUGGGAGCUCUUCUGUUGAUUCCAAAAGCAGAAGAGACGCCAUCUGCAACGCCGGUGCCGGAGCCGCAGCUGGUGCAAUCGCUGCGACUUUUGUUUGCCCAUUGGAUGUGAUCAAGACAAGGUUACAGGUUCUUGGCCUUCCAGAAACGCGACGAGGUAGUGUGAUCAUUACAAGCCUAGGGAAUAUACUAAGGAAAGAAGGUGUUAGGGGGAUGUAUAGAGGCCUUUCACCAACCAUCAUAGCUCUCCUUCCCAAUUGGGCUGUGUACUUCUCUGUAUAUGGAAAGUUGAAGGAUCUGCUCCAGUCAAGUGAUGGAAAGCUAAGUAUUGGUGCAAACAUGGUAGCUGCUGCUGGUGCUGGAGCUUCCACAUCUAUUGCAACUAAUCCACUUUGGGUUGUCAAAACAAGAUUAAUGACACAAGGAAUGAGACCAAAUGUUGUACCUUAUAGAAGCAUAUUCUCUGCAUUUAGUAGGAUUUUUAAGGAAGAAGGAUUCCGAGGGUUGUACAGUGGCAUUUUACCUUCUUUGGUGGGAGUUAGUCAUGUCGCGAUCCAGUUUCCAGUGUAUGAAAAGAUCAAGCAAUACAUGGCAAGAAUAGGUGAUACAAGUGUGGACGAGUUAAGCCCUGGGGAAGUCGCGGUCGCCUCAUCAAUAUCAAAAGUAAUCGCCUCUGUAUCAACGUACCCGCACGAGGUUGUUAGGUCUAAGCUUCAAGAGCAAGGGCAAGUAAGAAACGUAGAGGCUAGGUAUUCAGGAGUCAUCGACUGCACGAAGAAGGUGUUUAGAAAUGAAGGACUUCCCGGGUUUUACCGAGGCUGUGCCACCAAUCUACUUAGGACAACACCUUCUGCGGUUAUUACAUUUACAAGCUAUGAGAUGAUACAUAGGUUUCUUGUACAAGUAGUCUUUCCAGAGAAGGAAAGUUAA